CUUAAACAUAUGCAGUCAAAACAUACGUAAGUGAGGUAACUGCCAAGUGUAAGAGGUGACAUUUAGUGCUCGAUGGAAGGAUCCAAAUAUUUUGCUGCAUAUCCUGCUGGAUGCGAAAUCUGCUUGACACUAUUUCACAUAUAUUGAAAUCUGCUAUUUGCUCUUAACCAAGGAAUUAAUAGAACCAUUAAUAGCAAAGACUUGGAGAGAUUAAAGGAAGACUUGUUGAGAUACAUAGAGCCUACCAUCCAAUGGUUCAUGCCAGGAAGCUCUUCCCACGGUGGAAGAAAAGACGCAACAAAAUAAUUAUUGUACAAAACUCAUGAAGGAGAACUCUUUCAAAUACAAAUAUAUGUUCUGAAAUUUUCAUUUGAUUUGCUUAAAAAAUAGCUCAUAGACUUCAAGAGAUCGACAUUACAUCUGUGAGUGUCUGAUCGGAUAAAAGGUGACUGAAGACGACAAGAUGGUCAAAACAUUCCAAGCUUACUUACCUACUUGUCAUCGCCGCUAUGCCUGCAUACACUGCAGAGCACAUUUGGCAAACCAUGAUGAUCUCAUAUCUAAGUCAUUUCAAGGAAGCCAGGGCAGGGCUUACCUAUUCAAUUCAGUUGUUAAUGUAGGAUGUGGCCCCGCAGAAGAGCGGGUACUACUAACCGGUCUACACGCUGUCUCCGAUAUAUUUUGUGAAUGCUGUAAAACUACGCUAGGCUGGAAAUAUGAACAUGCGUUUGAGAACAGCCAAAAAUACAAAGAAGGCAAAUAUAUUAUAGAACUGGCUCAUAUGAUAAAAGACAACGGUUGGGAGUGCGAUUGAGGUUAUAAUUACUACAGUCUGACCAAAUUCAAACCAUUUUCAUCCAAGUCUGCAGCAAUUGGUCAACCUGUAUUUUGUAUUAGGACAAGGUAUUAAUCAGUAUUUAAGAUCAUCAUCAUCAUCUUCGGGUGCAACGCUGGUUGGGAAUCAGAGAAAUAUAUAACAUAAAUAAAGAUUUAUUAUCUGAAUUGAUAGAUGAGUCUCACAAAAUAUAUAUAUAUUUCUUUUAUUUUUGUUUCAUAUUAAGUGGGAAAAUAAGAGUUUUUAGGGGGAAAGGCAAAUUGGAGAGGAUGGGAAAAAUUGUUUUUUAGUGAAAAUGUUGUGAAGUUUAUUGCGUAAAGAUUUUUUUGAGCAUUGCCAGCUAAAUAUUCUGUUUUUCAUUCUGUAUAAUUGCAGUAAUAUUCUGAAGCACCUAUGGAAUGCAGUAAUAACAGUGUUUGUUUUCUAAAGUGAAAUGUAGAGACCUAUAUCAAACCAGCUUAUUGUAAUUUGUUUAUGAUAUGAACAAUUUUCUCAUAUCCGAUUGAGAACAAAAAUUCUGUUUACAAACAAAUCCAGACAUGUUGACAAUUUCAAACAUAAACUGUAAAAAACAAAUAUGACGGCAUUAAGCAUAUUUCUCCAUCUUCCAAAAUAACCAAAAAAAUAUCAAAGCCUUUAAAUUUAUUUUCAAAAGCCAGGCAAUUAACUAAUAUGGUCUAAAUAAUAUAUAGGGAUUUGUCUUUAUGUAGCUUUUUAAAAAUACCGAUAAUUUUGUUUUUCAAGUUAUCUCGGUCUUGCACUGCCAAGCCUACCACCAAAUUGACACUAUUAAUAUUAGAGUUACUAGACCUACUAGGCUUGCUCAGACAAACAUAACUCAACUUCAAACUGUCAGUUCUGGAGAGCAUGAAAAAUGCAUGACGGAUUCUGUCAAUAUAUGAACAAUGCAUUUUAAGCUAUAUACGCCUGAUUAUAAGCAACCCAAUUACAUCACCCAUUCAUAUCCGGUGCUUUACAAUAGAAUGAUGGGCUGAACCAAACCUAUACACAAGGUUAAUAAUAACAGGAUUAUCAAUAUUUCAGUAAACAAUAAAUUCUGUGUGGACUUGCUUACAAAAAGAAAUUUUAAAAAUUAAUUUUUUUUUUUUACAAAAAAUAUAAUUAAUAUAAAAAUGCUCAAAAUAUAGCUUAUCUGUGUUGGUGUAUGAAUGUAACAAAAGUUUAAACUUUUGAUUACAACACAAAAUAAUAUCCUACCGUGAAAUUUUGACAAUACAAUAUAAAAAAUAAAUUAUGUUUCCCAUUGAUAUCCAUUUUUCACAUUUUGCCAUGGAAUUACAAGAAAUAACCAAAAAAAUAUCAUAGCUUUUAAAUUUAUUAUCAAAAAUCCACGCAAUUAACUAAUACGCCUAAAUAAUACAUAGUAAAUAAAUAUUCUAUUUGUUUUUAUGCAUCUUAAAUAAAAUAUAAAAACACUGUUAAAUACUGAUUAUUAAUUUUGUUAUAUUUUUAUGCAUAAGUGCUUUCAAAUUUUCUGUGAAAGUCCAAAUAUAUUUUUAAGAAAAAUCACUGUACCAUACUUGUUGUUAGUUUUUUUUUUAUUGGGGGUAAAAGUGGGCUAGAUAGUGCCCCCCCCCCCUCCCUUAUUGAUAGUACAUUCACUACACAUACAUAUAUUAAUAAUUUAUAAUUAGUAUACAUAUAAAUAAUAACAUUUAGUGCAAUUUUUGUAUCUUAUCUUACAAGGUGGAAUAAUAUUCCUUUUGAAAUACUUUGACUUUUUGGAUUGUUUUUUGGAAGUAAACAAGUAAAAUUACUUAAUGAUUAUUUAAAGAAAUCCUGUAAAUGUAUGCCUAAAAAAUUCAGUGAAAAAAAAUCAUUUUUUCUUUUUUGGCAAAGAAAAGCAAAAAAAAAAAAGAACAUUUUCACUACCAUAUUUGAUUAAAAUAUUUAUUUCAGACUUUUUAAGAGAGAUUCUAAUUUCAUGACAUGACUUGUCAUGUCUUCUUACUAACCCUAGGUCACAUGAAUAAUACUGCAAUUAAUUUGUUGUCAUAUUUAUAUUUUCUGGUUGGCCAAUAAGGAGCCAUCUACUGCUUUAUGCAUAUUACCCAUUCAGCUCAAUGCUCAAUUUUUUCUGUGUGUUCAAAGGUCAUUUCUAGUUCCUAAGCAACAGUUCUAGUAGUAAGGUUGCCACGAUUUAUGGUGCCCAAAAUUAAGAAUUAAAAUGGCGGCGUAACUUCUGCUCAUUCCUAAAUUUGGUCGCCUGCAAUACUUGUAAAUGGUUUACCGUGCUAUAAUUUAAAUUUGAAUUUUGAUUUGGUUUUAUAUGAUUCUGAUCCUUUUAAACAAAUUGAUAAUUAGCUUUUUAUUGGGAGUUAAUUAAAAAAAUGCUAUGGUGUUUUUUUAUGACUGGUUUAAUUGCCUUAUACUCUUGAAAUUACCAUAUAGAUGCAAAUCAGUAGCUCAUUAAUAUUCAUUAAGAUGCCUCAACAAUAUGCAUUGAUGAUGGAAAUAAUUAUUUGAGUUACAAGAAAUAAUUUUUUUUUUACCAGUCUAUUAAUCAGCAUGAAAAUGAAUGGUACACAUUUUCAUUGUAAAUCACAAGAAUGCUAUAACAUGUAUGGAAAGGUCAUCUGUUUCUAUAUAAUAUAUAGUUUCCUUAUUUUUAUGGUCAUUUGCACAAAUUAUUUGCAUUCAUCUUCAGAACUUGAUGACUUUCUUACAAAAAAUUGUAAGAGAAAAAUGUGUAAAAUAUAGAUUUAUAUUGUCCAACAAAUCAUUUAGUCAUAAUUGUUUGAUAAUAAAUAUAGAUAAUUUGGGAAAGAAAUAUCAGUUGAUAAGUUGGGAUAUGGUCUUAAAAAUGUGUUGGUGGAAUACAUGCUAUUACAAUGCUUUGUAUGUAUACAAUAUUUGGAAGAACAUGCAAAUGUGUGUGCACAUAUUCUACACACUGUACAGUAAAAUGCACAACUAAGGGCUUACAAUGAAUACAUGGUGAAUCUAUAGUGUGUGCAUUACAUAGAUGCAUGUCAUGCAUGUAAGCCAUUGGAUAACAUGAUGUACGUGUGCCAUGCAUGUAUGUCCUUAUAUACGUGUAAUAUUGAAGAUCACAAUGUGUAUGCAAUUUCCAAUAUAUUUGUGUUUAUAUUCUACAAGUAGAGCAUACAUACUUGAUAAUCAGUGAUGUAUUACACCUAUGGGAUUACCCCGGCCAAAGCCAGGGCCCUGAACAAUAAGGGGUCCUUAUUAUAUUGUUAAGCAUUUACAGUAUUGCCCUUAGUGCAGAAUGUUUAAAAAAAACAAUCAAAAUUGGGGGAAUUUAGCCUAUAGCCCAAUAUGGUCCUACACAAUCCCAGGUAGUAGGGCCUAAAGAGAUUCCUAUGUAUAGAAUAGAGGCCAUGUGUAUUGAUAGGCACGUGUCUACAUAUAGCUGAUGUAUAUUUUUUCAGAACAUGCUUAUAUAAUACCAUUAAUAACAGGUUUACAUAACUAAUAGUAUGUGUUUUGUUUACACAGUCAUCAAUAACAUGCAUAUAAAAGUAUACAUUUGUCUUAUAACAAUACGUACUACUUACUGGUAUGUUUAUUCUUCAAUGAAGACCUGUAGCGAUUUCACUAACAGCCCUGUUGAAAUUACAAGAUUUUUUGGCACUGUAUUGAAAUUUGAUGAAAUCCAGUUUUCAAAGCUUACAAGGAAGAAUGUAGUUUGAGUAACAUGUGAAUAAGAAGGCUAAUCUGGUUAGUUAAGACAUGUUAACUUUGUUAACAGUUGACAGCCUGGUUAAAAAAGUGUUAACUUGGUUAAUAAGAUUAAAACUUGAUUGAUAAUGGAAAUCCUGUUGAGUAGGUUCAUGGAGAUUCCUCCAUGGUAGGAUUGAGUAAUGGAAACAAAGCAAUUGCUAUGAAAUUUAAAGCUUUAGGUAUGUAGAAUUUGUCUAAAUUAUGAAAUUUUAGCUUUAAAUAUUCAGAAAUAUAAGAAGAUGUGUUAGAAUACAAGUAAGAGAAUGUUACUUGAGAUGUUCACAUUUCUGAAAUUGAGUUCUAGAACAAAGUAAAUCUGGGGUUUAAUAUUUGAGAAUUGGGCUGAAGAGGAUGGUAUAGUAUGAAUCCCCUGAACAAUGUUUGAAAUAAUUGUUGUAUGUGGUUGGCAUAAUAAUGUCCAUGGGGGAUAAAAAUGUUCCAGCUUCGUAUUAAAUUUAUUGAACAGAAAAUGCUUGCCCAACCAGAUUUGUCGCUGGAUUUACGAAUGUGAUGAAUGUUGGAUUUCCAUGUGGUCCGUGUUUGAUUUUCCUGCGCGAUCAUUGUUGGAUUUCAAUACGCAUUGUGUGUAAGAUUUGCGUGUACGAAUAACGUUUAUUUCACAAAGUUACCAUAAUACUUGCAACCGUGACAUUAGCUAAACAAGAAACAAAAAGUGCCUAUUAAAAUUUUGUUGCAAUUUUGGAAGUCCAGCUAAAAAGUAAGAAAUACGAUUUGAGGAUAAUUGCGAUGAUGAACAAAGUGAAUGUGCAAAAUUUCGUAUUUCAUCAGAAGCAGUGUAAACUUUUAUUUUAAUCUGACAUUUUGAUAGAAAUAAUUAUGUGUUUGAAACGAAACAAUAAGUGAAUACUGGUACUGAGACUGGUGUGCUGUUAAAGGGGCUGGAGAAAACGCUGGACGUUUAAUUCAGAAACAGAAACUGAAAAAAAAAA